AUGACUAGUACUAACGCUUUCUUAAAUGAAAAAGCUGCUUCUGUAGUAUCCAAGCGAGCUGAAAGUGUGACUAGACAUAAAUAUGUCUUACUUGAAUGUCUAGGUGAUUUAAUUGUGCCGAAAGUUCUUCCCAACCGCAAACUACUACUGCAAGCUUCUCAAGCACCAAUUGCGCUGAAAGGUCUUAUUCUGGCCUACAUGUCUCGACAUGCCACGCGUGCUUUCUCUGAAGAGCAUACUGACAUGCCGCUCCCGUCUACGGCAGCCGCUCUGGGGAUUCUACGCUUUCUGGGAAUUACUUUACUUUUGCACGAGAUGUGA